UAAUAAAAUUAAACGAAUCAGCUGUUGAAUUUGAGAACAAUAGGCCAUUGAUUGAAUCACUGUCACGUGACAAGGUGGACUUUGCUAGAAAAAUUCUUCAAUCAAUGUUGACGUCCCAGUUGGUGUUUCUAGGAAAUCACUGAUACCUCACAGACGACAAACAUGCAGAAAUCCCAAACGCGGGCCAUUGUUUUGCCUUUUUGGACGUUUGCUGUCCUUGUAACGGCACUAGUUGGCCUAUUCCCAGCGUUACUGUAUUGUAUUGGUGAGAUUGUAGUGCUGAAAUCACGCUUUGAGCAACAACAGCAGACAAUCGAGUACUUAGAAAACGUCACAGCGCAUAUUCAACGCAGAACUGUGGAAAACGAUUUCUCGAGCGGCGAAACGCAAGAGGCUUACCAGAGUUCCAGGCUUACCAUGAAAUGGAAGGAAAGCGAAAUACGACUGAUGAGACAGAGGAGGGACACUGGUUCACGAAAAAAUGAUUCAUGCCGCUGCAGGCGAGGUCGUAAAGGAGAGCGGGGACCAAAAGGACAGAAAGGAUCGACCGGACGAAAGGGAAGGGCAGGACCGAAAGGUGACACGGGAGCACUCGGCAACACUGGACCGCCGGGAAGGGAUGGACAGAAAGGGAAAAUGGGUGAGCGAGGAGAGCCUGGGCCUCCAGGACAACCAGGCUCAAUGUUUCGGUCCACAGACUCGGCUCACAUCGUUGGUUAUGGUGAGCACAUAAAUCCCCCAAGAGGUACAACAAAAUUCCACCGCAUCACGAACUGGAAACUAGGCCACAUAACCGGUAGUAUCAAAUUCGUCAGCAACAGCUUCCUUGUGAUUGGCACAACUGGCUACUACUUCGUGUACAGCCAACUCUUCUAUUAUGCAGGGGACACUCUCCUUAUGGGCCAUUACACAUACAUCAACGAGGAACCGGUCAUGCGCAGUCUGAGCAGUGUCGUCAGCGAGGAGAGAAAGUACAACACGAAUUAUCACGGCGCAGUGUUCAUGCUCAGAAGCGGUGACAAAAUAUCUGUGCGCAUCCCGUUCACAAAGUCCUACUUCAUGCAUAAGGAAACCAGUUAUUUUGGUGCUUUCCUUAUCAGCCCCGUGUUAAACACGACCAGUUUUGUUCGAACGACUAACACAACUCAGGAUUUCCCAUAGAGCGGUUUUCAAUCGAGUGUUGAAAGUUAAGUAAUGCGGAAAUGAAAUGUUUUUUUUUUACUUCGCACCGUGAUUGAUUUGAAAAUCUUGUUCCACUCUCUCGACCAAUGAGAUGAAAAACAAAAACAAAUCGUUGACUUGGCAUUCACCUUUUCCCCAGCUCGCCUCAAGCAAUUAAGGUGGGGGAGGGGGGGAUUGGAAGAUUUUGGGGAUCACAUGCUUUUCAGGGAGAGGAGAUAGGUGUGAAAAACAUUACAGAGCUAAGGGAGGAUCAGGUAAAUUUAUCGUACAAAUACCAAAAUCUUCCGAACCCCCACCCCUCAGGGGAUAAAUAAAGACAUGUCCCUAAGCUUGUUUUUACAUCAGAUUUUCAUUUCCUCUACUACUACUUUGCUUUGAUUGGCUGUUGUCAUUAUUUUGGUUUGGUUUUAGCGACACUCGAUCGAAAUGCGCAAUGACCUUGAAGUACAAGUUAUACGUUCAUUUUGUAGACUUAAAUGUUUGAAACUUUAUCUAGUAACAAGUUUAUCAGCAGAGUUUCUAUUACUUGAAUAACGUCACAUACAGAAAGUCAAAAGUGUUAGGAAAGGGAAAAGUUCUUUUUCAUAGUGCACUGUUCAACUCAAAUAUAAACAAAUCUGCGUUUGCGAAUACUUCUCGCAGGCGGACACCUGCUAUAUGCAUACGACGAUUAUUUUACAUUUUUAUUUGCUCUUUGUGACGUGCAAAAUUCCCUACCAAGUGAAGGAGACGACAACAUAUUACUUCGGAAAGUUGGAAAAAAAUGGAAAGAAUAAGCCAGUUAGAAUGGUGUAGAUUUAAAAAAAAUUCUAAUGAGAUUCUUGAAAACGUACUCCAAAGUUUCAAGAUUCCAAAAAAAGCGCAAUAGUUCCUUCAAGUUCCCAAACUUAAGAAAAAAAAAGUUUCGGUGGUCUUUGACAACUGAAUUUCGAUUUUCAGGUUACUUCUCGCAUGUUACGUUCUGCAGUUAUCACAAUAUACAAAAAUAAGAAAUUAUUACAAUAGUUUUAUGUCUUUAAAACAUGACCGUAUUUAUUUUGGCGGACGUAUACAGUGCACGUGUAAUCGUUCAGUUGCGUGAUGCAAACGUUAAUAGCAUCUCCCCUUCCCACCCCUCGUGAGGAGGUGGAAAGGCGACGGGGAGGGCCUGAGGAAGGUUGUGCGUGAGUCACAUCAAGGGUAUGCGUCAAUGUUUUUAGUAUUGUUGUUCUUGAGGUCAUCCAACUUUAAGGUCAUCUUCGUUGUCUGUAUUUACAGUAACGCACAAUGCUUGUGACCCUUACAGUGAACAAGUUAUACGUCUGCCAAAAGAAACACGGGACCUUAAUAAUGUUUUAAAAUUAUCGAAGUAUGCGUAAGGUGCCUAGUAAAUUGCAAGGAAUUAUAUACACAUAUAUAAUUAUAUACAAUAUAAUUAUAUAUUUUUGAGGGAAAAUCUUGCAGAAUCAGUUGUAAGUUUUGGUGUUGGUAUAUCUUGCAAAAACUUAAAUUGGUUUUAAAUGAGGGGUUUGUCAAUACAGAGUAGAGGAGACCUGUCGGUUUUGAUAACCGUCAUUCGGAUGAUUGCACACUAAUUAGAAUUCUGUUGUAAAUAAACACAUGUAAAUGCCUACCAUCA